AUGUACCGCAUGAACUUCUACGAGAGCACGUGCCUGCGCUGCGGCCAGACCGUGUACCAGGUGGACCGCGUGGGCCCGCUCAAGGACUUCACCUUCUUCCACAGCGGCUGCUUCAAGUGCGCGGCGUGCGGCACCAAGCUGACGCUCAAGACGUACUACAACAACCAGCACCGGCAGGAGGACAAGGAGGUGUACUGCAGCAGCCACGUGCCCAAGAUCGGCCCGGGCCACCUGGACGGCUCGGCGGUCGGCAUCCGCUCGGCGCUCAACGUGCCCAAGUCGUCGACGUUCGUGAACGAGCAGAUCCGCGGCGGCGGGCGCGGCGGCACGUUCGACGCGGACGCGCUCAGCAUCCGGCCGUACCUGAACGGCCACCAGGGCGCCGGCCACGGCCACGGGCCGUCGGCGGGCUUCGGCGGGCGCGCGUCGCCCGCGCACCACGACCCGCCCGGCUCCAGCUACCAGUACGGCCGCUUCGACGCCAGCGCGCUGCACAUCGCGCACGCGCUCAAGGCCACCGAGCUGCAGCGCGCCUACUCCAAGCACCGCGAAAAGCCCAUCGACUACUACCUGGACAAGGAUGAGCAGACGCAACUGGAGAUGAAGCACCGCAAAGAAGAGGAUGACCUGUACAGGAAAUUUGCCCGCCAGCGGGAAGAGGAAGACAAGAGGAUUCGGGAGGAGUUUAGGGACGAGUGGGAGAAGGAGCUGGAGAGGCUGAUGAGCAGGUUCGAGCGCGAGCUGCAGACGAAGAAGAAGCGGCCCGACGAGCAGAAGGUGCUGACGCUGCGCCACCAGCAGGAGCGCGAGGACCUCGAGAAGAACAUGACGCUGCGCCGCGACAAGAAGAAGGAGUCCCUCACCAGGAAGCUGCUCGAGCACGAGAGGGCAGCGACAGCAGCUCUGGUUGAGAAGCAAAGCAGAGAGAUGUUGGAGCUGAUCAACGAGAAGCGUAGUGAGUACAUGAUGGCAGAGUCUCUGUACCUGGAUGAUGGAGAUGGCUACACAGAUGAUGUGCUGCUACCAUACCCCAGUCAGGCACCACAGCCAGCACCACCAGCUCUCUCGAAAUUUGAAGUUUACAAUGAUCCUGUGGAGUUUGCUGAUGUUGAUCAAAUUGCUAUAUCGGUUGCACAAGAAGACCAGAAGACUUUCACAGACUUGGUGAGACAGUUAGUUGGUCGAUGUGGAUCUGACAUUGAAAAAGCAAGGACAAUAUUCAGAUGGAUUACAGUGAAGAAUCUGAAUACAAUGCAGUUUGAUGAAAAUCUGAGAGGAGAUACACCUAUGGGUUUACUAAGAGGAAUAAAGCAUGGAACUGAAAGCUAUCAUGUGCUUUUCAAACGACUUUGCAGUUAUGCUGGUCUUCACUGCGUAGUCAUAAAGGGGUAUUCAAAAUCUGCUGGGUACCAACCUGGAGUUCGAUUUGAAGAUAACAGAUUCAGAAAUUCCUGGAAUGCUGUUUAUGUGGCUGGAGCUUGGCGUUUUGUACAGUGUAACUGGGGAGCCCGGCAUCUUGUAAAUGCCAAGGAAGUACCAAAAGCUGGUAGCAAAGGAAAGUCUGACAGUUUAAGGUAUGAAUAUGAUGACCACUACUUCCUCACAGAUCCACGAGAAUUCAUCUAUGAGUUCUUUCCAUUGCAAGCUGAAUGGCAAUUACUAAAAAAUCCAAUUACACUUCAAGAAUUUGAAGAACUACCUUUUGUACGUUCUCUGUUCUUUCGAUAUGGACUCUAUUUCCCUGAUACAAACACCAAGGCUGUUAUGUACACUGACGCAACAGGUGCAGCCACAGUACGAAUAGCAAUGCCAGCUAACAUGCAGUCAAGUUUGAUUUUCCACUAUAACUUGAAAUUUUACGAUAGUGACGGCGAUAGUUUUGAUGGAGUCAGCUUGAAGCGGUUUGUGAUGCAGUCUGUUGUAGGAAACAUUGUCGCAUUUCGAGUACAUGCUCCUUGUAGUGGAGCAUUCCUGUUGGAUAUAUUUGCUAAUGCAGUCACGCCAAAGGAAUACCUGACGGGUGAACCCAUGAAAUUCAAGAGUGUAUGCAAGUUCAAGAUUGCAUGUGAAGAACUGCAGACAGUAAUGGUCCCUCUGCCAGACUGUGCCAGUGGUGAAUGGGGCCCUACAAAGGCAACACGGCUGUUUGGACUUGUGCCAAUAACCCACCAGGAUGCUCUGGUGUUCGCUGGCAGGGAGCUAGAGCUUCAGUUCAGGAUGUCACGACCACUUACAGACUUCAUGGCAACUCUGCAUAAAAAUGGUGUGGAAGAGAAAAGACUUGCAAAAUUUGUUUCUCAUUUAGUCUCAGAUGAUGAUAUAGUAACAUUUCAUAUAAGUUUCCCUGAGGAAGGUCAGUAUGGUCUCGAUAUUUACACACGUGAAUUAGGGGGCAGUCAGAUGGAUGGGACUGGUGAGAAGCAUCUUCUGACACACUGUUGUAAAUAUCUGAUAAAUUCAUCAAAAAGAAAUUGAAGCAGGUUGCCAAAACUCAUCACACAAGUGUUAUCAAAACAGUCAAGAUCUUGUCAGAAAAAUGUUAUCAUGGAAAUGAAAUACACAGCCAUGAACCAGAUUGUCUAACCAAAAGCAAGAAAAACUGUUGUAAAUGUUACUAAUACCAUUUAAAAGAUUUUAUUGUUAAGAUUAAAGCAUUACUUCUACAAGUAUUCAGAUAUAAGAGCAGCAGAUAACGAUUCAGAUGCUCUUUGUAACAGAUGACUACACCCCAUAGUCAAGUAGCCAUUAAGCUAACACAAUUAAAACAUCAAAUCUACAAGGAGUGCAAGCUCACAUGACUGAGUUUGACUAUUUUCUCCCAUUACAUUUCUUGUUGUGUUGAUGGCUGUAAUGUUGCUUUUUAUAUCACUAUUAACUUUCACUGUGACACUGUCUGCACUAAUGCAUUGACUGUUUUUAUUAAAAACCUUACAGAAAGCUGAAUCCUCCAAUAUUAAAUCACCGUGCAUGAAUCAGUGUUAAAGAUGUGUGGUAUUAGAAACAAUAAUUAACACACAAUAUUUUUGUACUAGCUUAUGAGCUUUAAAAAUUCAUACCAUCAUCUAUAUUUUUAAAAUGAGUUUACCUUACCACCAGUAUAUAUAAACCUUUCACAAUGACUCCACAUGCACAAUCUUGCCACAUAUAUUCACCCAAUGAAACAGAUAUUUAUUGUUGUAAUUAUAACAAUGUGUUGAGCAAAGAGAAUACAUAAUAAUGUUAUUUCAUAUUUGUGGGGCUGAGUUUUCACAUUCAAUUCAACAUGCAACCACAUAUUUUUCUGUAUAAUAAAACCUCUUGGUAGUACUAAAUGACACUUUCAUGAUAGCACUUUUUCUUUUAAAGUGAAUCCCUUCAAUAAAGACAGUAAUGUCAAAUGAUGAUGCGAGUCUCAGAUAUAAAGAGGGGAAAAAGCAAUUUCAAUGAGGAGAUGAAAGUAGCGUCUUCUCUAGAAAUGUGACUGGUUGCAUGGUGUACAAAUAUAUGAAAGAAAUGAAAAGUCGAGGUGUGUAUGUGCAUAUCUAUGGAGGGGGGUGGGGUGGGAGGUUUGUGGGCCAACAAUUUUCUUCCUGCAUACUCUUUUCCUGCACAGAGCAGUUUUGUGAAAUGAAAAUUGACAGCUGCAGGAACUGUUAUCAGUAGUUCCACAUAUUGUACAUGAAACUAUUUAUUUUGUGUUAUUGUCUGUUGUUAUGUGACAUACUACUGCCAUCACUUCACUUUCUUUAGCACUCAUGACCAGUCUCCCCCCUUCCCCCCUCCUUUCGAUAUUUAUAUUGCAUGAAUGACAACUUUAUUUUUUACAUCAUUUUGCAAACAACUUAUCCACUUAUCUCAACUAAUGGCAUUACAGUGAUGUUGGACAGAAUGAAAUCUGGAAGCUAAAAAUGUGUGUGUGUGUGUGUGUGUGUGUGAGAGAGAGAGAGAGAGAGAGAGAGAGAGAGAGAGAGAGAACAUCACAUUUCCAAGUGUGAUAAUUGGGAGAGGGAACGGGCAGGGUUGAGGUUGAGGAGGAGAUUGGAUGCAUGUGUGUGUGCGCACUUCAGUUUUACAGUAAUGUAACAUAUGUAAUCCAUUAGAUAUACUUGAAAAACUAAGUUUAUAUUUAUAAAUAUAUGGACAGCCAUCCUACAAAACAGGCACUGUAUAUACAUAACUGCAACACUUUACAUACCACUUUCAUUUCACUAAACAAAUACAGGCGAUCAGAUCUGCGAUCUCAUGUUCGAGUUCUAUUUUUGAGACACUGUAUUUACACAAGUCAUCAACAAAUCAUGUUCAAAAUGGUUCAAAUGGUUCUGAGCACUAUGGGACUCAACUGCUGAGGUCAUUAGUCCCCUAGAACUUAGAACUAGUUAAACCUAACUAACCUAAUGACAUCACAAACAUCCAUGCCCGAGGCAGGAUUCGAACCUGCGACCGUAGCGGUCUCGCGGUUCCAGGCUGCAGCGCCUUUAACCGCACGGCCACUUCGGCCGGCAAAUCAUGUCAAUUAAUAUAUCAUCACUGCUGGUAUCUAUGCAGGAAACUAAUAUUUGAUGCAAAUAUCAGAUGUCUUGUAUGUGGGAAACAAAAUGUUUCAUAGUAUCUAUGUAUACUGUUCCAUUCUUGUCAUUAUACAGAUCAUGCUAAUAUUUUAAACUAUCAUGAUGGAGCUGCAGAAGCACCAUUAUGAAAUUCAUUAUAUUGUAUUAUAUCAAGUCAAGUAAAUCCAAGCUCUUAAUUUUAAGACAAAAAUUAUUUGUAUGAAAUAUGUUUGUUGUAAAUCUGUGUGUGUUCUGGCUAUUUAAUUGUUUAUAUGUAACAUGUUGCUUCAAUAA